AUGGCACCCGGUGCGUUGAUCUUCAAGCACGCAUUAUCUAAAAAUAAGUUAAAAUAUGAGGAGAAUCCCUCAAAGGGAAAAUUGAAAAUGCAGAGGGAGAAACAACGAAAGAAGAGUAAGAAGUCGUAUGAGACUUACAAACCAUACAUCUCCAAGUUAUUAAAGAAUGUACACAGUGGCAGAAUUGGGAUCUCCAACAAGGCAACGGAGAUCAUGAAUUCGUUCAUCAACGACAUGAGCGAGAAAAUUUUUCUUGAAGCUUCUAAACUUGCAAGGAUAUCCAAGAAAAGCACAAUAUCUCGUAGAGAAAUCGAGUAUGCUGUAAAACUUGUGCUUCCUGGAAAACUGGCUAAGCACGCUUUGGAUCGCGGCACCAAAGCGACAGAGAUCUUUACAAGUAUUUAG